CGUGUCGCAAUCCUAUCAUUCCUCAAUGGCAACCCGUUCCCUCCCUCAACCAUGAUAACCAUGCUCUCGCCAUCCCCGAGAAUCCUCCGCGCCCUCUUCCUAGUCAUAUCCUCUCUCCUCGGGAUCGCGACAUUAUCACAACUCCCAACCCCGGCAACACCACCUCUGCGCGACUCCAGGACGCAAAUUGACUGGUCGCGAUUCGCAUACACCCAAUAUGCCACCGAUCGGUCGUACCUGUGCAACUCGCUGAUGAUCUUCGAGGCCCUGCACCGACUACAAAGCAAGGCCGAUCGCGUGUUGAUGUACCCGUCGAGUUUCAUGAAGUCGGAAGAUGACCGUUCACCGGAGGCGCGGUUGCUUCGUUUCGCGAGGGAUGAGUAUGCUGUUAAACUCACGCCGGUGCAGGCGAUUCUGAAGGGUGGGGGCGGUGCCCCCUGGUCGCAAAGCUACACCAAGCUCCUCGCCUUCAAUCAGACGGAAUACGACCGCGUGCUUAAUCUUGACUCCGACGCAACCCUCCUCCAGCCAAUGGACGAACUCUUCCUCCUCCCGCCCACCCCCGUCGCCAUGCCCCAAGCCUACUGGCUCGACCCUACAGACCGCAUCUUCACCUCCGGCCUCAUGCUCAUCCAGCCCUCCACAUCCGAAUUCCUGCGUCUAAUGGACGAAGUCUGGGACGAGACGACCUCCCCCGCCAUCUACGACAUGGAAAUCAUGAACAAGCUCUACGGCGACAGCGCUGCAGCCAUCCCGCACCGUCCGUACCUCCUUCUCACCGGCGAGUUCCGUUCCCAGAACCACGAGGCCUAUCUGGGUAAUGCGCAGGAAGAGUGGGACGCGCAGCGGGCUUUGGGGCAGGCGAAGUAUUUGCAUUUUUCGGAUUGGCCGGUGCCGAAGCCGUGGGUUCCGGCCACGCACUUUAUUAUUGAGCAGAGCCAGCCGCCGUGUGAGAUUGAUCCCGUGACGGGUGAGCGCGAUGAUUGUCGUGUAAGGGAGCUUUGGCUGGGGAUUUAUAGUGAUUUUACGGCUAGGAGACAGGAGAUAUGUGGCGCCGCGCUACAAGAUGAAGACGAUGAAGUUAAUGGUGAAGAGGAGUCGUCAUGACAAGACGGCUUGGAUUUUCCAAGGAUGGAUGGUCUAUGAUUACGAUAAAAAUGUUCUUGCUCUUCUCCUUUACUUUGUAGACGACGCUGGCCGUUCUAAUAUAUAUAUAUACUAUAUAUAGUAUAUGUAUAUAUUCUCUCUCUCUCCCUGUUUACUAGAUUUACGCACGACCACCGUGAUAUUGAUUCGAU